CGACAGUAAACAGGUCUGUCAGUGUGAGUUACACACAGGUGAAACAUUAGCCAGACAGAGAGCCACACACCGGCGCGCACACACACACACACACACACACACACACACACACACACACACACACACACACACACACACACACACACACACACACACACACACACACACACACACACACACACAGACAGGAGCAGCCAGGACAGAUGGAGGAUUCAAGGAGAAUACCUGAACCCGUCAACUCUGUGCAUCAGGAUGAAAUCUGGAAAGCACAUGUAAAAAUGGAAAAGGAUUCAGCCAAAGUCUGGCCCAACAAGUGGGGCUUCCUGACCGAGGCCUACAAGGAGUACGAGGGGGAGAGUGUGAAGCUGAAGGGAGACGCGUUGGUGGCACUUUCCCAGCCUUCAACCCCUUCAGGCAAACACGUUCAUGUUGGCCCCUCUCCUCCAGUUCCCAACACAACCCAGGCGCUGAUUGGCUGGCGUUCAGCUCACUCGCAGCUUCAGCUGGAGAAGUAUGGUGCAGUGCACCAUGGGAGGUGUAGUUUCCUGAAGGAGCUAGGCUGGCCUCUCACCUAUUGCUACUGACCCCUGCUGUUUUAGCUGCUCUUCAGUGUUGUGUGAAAUAACUGUUUAAAGGCAACAAAUGCAAAUACAUCUUAUCUUUUGAGAUUGUAAAA